AUGACAAUGAAGAUUAUUAAAUGGAAAGCCGUCAUGAUGAUGACGACAUCAGAUGACUCAGAAUAUGAAAUGUGCGAAUUUCUCGAUGCUCCGUUAUCGUCAACAGACUUGUUAGAGCCAAAUGCAACAACAACGAGAACUACAAGUCGUUUCGUUGAUGGAUUUCUUCUAAAGCAGGCGGUUUAUGAGUGA